CGACGGGGCGGCGUGCAGGGUUGGGAGGAGCAAGCGGACUGGUGGGCUGGGCGGACGGAGCGGCCGGGAGCGCGCUGUGGACUCCGCGGCCGCGAGUAGUUAGUUAGUUGUGUCAGUUGCUCGGUGGAGGCGUCCGCGGUCACCAGAAAGGGGACGGGACAGGCGGCAAUGGUGAAUAUCGUGACGGCGUGUGCUCCCCUCAGGUGUCUAUCCAACCCAGGUCUUAUGCUGUAGUUGUUUCUUGGUGAUUUGCCUAGAAAACCUAAGAACCUUUCGGUGUGUCAUGUAUUCUUGGAGAUUACGUUCAAAUCUCUCACGUUACUUGUGGAACAUCUCUUGUGAUCACUGCUGACCUUUUCUUCCUACCAAGUCUUGCUUUUGCAGUAACAUUGGCACCUUCAGAAUAUAGAAUGAGAGGCAAGGAGGAAAGGACAUUCAUCAUAAGAAGAUUUGAAUCACCUUGAAAUUGUAAAGGAAUGUAGCACUUGCUGCCAAACUACCGUGGUCACCAGAAUGAACGAAGUGCUUCAGCGUUAAAUGAUUGAUCAUACUUAGAGGAACUGCUAUGACAACAUAAGGAGGUGAAAACUCACAGAUGCAAAUGCAAGUCUUGCUAUGCACUGAAGGAAAAGCAUUGUCUGGGAAGUUCUAUUUUUAAAAAUGUCUGCUUGUAACACCUUUACUGAACACGUUUGGAAACCUGGCGAAUGUAAGAAUUGCUUUAAACCGAAAAGCUUACACCAGCUUCCUCCAGACUCUGAGAAGGCGCCCAUCACCCACGGCAGUGUGAAAACUAAUGCCAAUCACAGUAACAACCACCGAGUCAGGAACACCGGCAAUUUCCGGCCCCCUGUGGCUAAAAAGCCCACCAUAGCUGUGAAGCCCACUAUGAUGGUAGCAGAUGGGCAAAGUGUAUGCGGUGAGCUAAGCAUCCAGGAACACUGUGAGAACAAGCCUGUCAUCCUGGGGUGGAACCAAAACAAGACUUCUUUGAGCCAGAAACCACUUAACAACAAUUCUGAAGGUGAUACUGAAGGCUUUGGCAGUGUUCCUCAGCAGUGUGCCAAUAAUGACCGUGCAAAAACGAUACCCAACAACAACAACGGGCUAACCGAAGUGCUAAAGGAGAUAGCGGGUCUGGACGCCAGCCCUCCCGUCAGAGGAAACGAAACGAACUCCAGAGAAACAUUCUUGGGAAGAAUAAAUGAUUGCUACAAACGAUCAUUGGAAAGGAAGAUCCCACCCAGUUGCAUGAUCGGGAGCAUGAAGGACUCUCAGGGCAAGCACGUCAUUCUGAGUGGGAGCACUGAGGUCAUCAGUAAUGAAGGGGGCAGGUUCUGCUACCCUGAGUUCUCCAGUGGUGAGGAGAGUGAGGAAGACGUGCUUUUCAGUAACAUGGAAGAAGAGCAUGAGAGCUGGGACGAGAGCGAUGAGGAACUGUUAGCCAUGGAGAUUCGCAUGAGAGGGCAACCUCGAUUUGCCAACUUCAGGGCAAACACCCUAUCUCCCGUUCGAUUCUUUGUGAGCAAAAAGUGGAAUACUAUCCCCUUACGGAAUAAGUCUCUGCAGAGAAUCUGUGCUGUAGACUAUGACGACAGCUAUGAUGAAAUCCUGAAUGGUUAUGAGGAAAAUUCUGGGGUGUCUUAUGGUCAAGGAAGCAUUCAGAGCACAGUGUCAUCUGAUUCCACAUCACCAGAUUCCUCCUUUACUGAAGAGUCACGUUCUGAAACAGCCAGCAGUUUAUCCCAGAAGAUUUGUAAUGGGGGGAUAUCUCCUGGUAAUCCAGGAAAUUCUAAAGACAUGGCAGAAACUGAGUCUAAUUCUGAAAGUCCUCCUCCUAGUAAUGAGGAGAAGGACUCAUCACUGACUUCCAAAAGCCCAGUGAAAGUUCCAGAGACACACAAAGCCGUCCUCGCUCUCCGCUUACAGGAGAAGGAUGGCAAGAUUGCAGUACAAACCGAGAAGCCAGAGAACAAAGCUUCUACAGAUAUUGCUGGCCAGGCAGUCACCAUAAGCCUCGUCCCAGUAGAAGAACAGACAAAGCCCUACCGCGUGGUAAAUCUGGAACAGCCGCUGUGUAAGCCAUAUACAGUUGUGGAUGUGUCGGCAGCCAUGGCCAGCGAGCACCUGGGACGCCCCAAGGUAAAAGGUUCAUCUUCUACCCCAAACUCUCCAGUUACAUCACCUGCAUUGACACCAGGACAAAUAAAUGCCCAUCUCAAAAAAUCCAGUGCAAUCCGUUACCAGGAAGUGUGGACUUCCAGCACCAGUCCACGACAAAAGAUCCCUAAAAUAGAAUUAAGUACUGGGGGAACUGGGCCAAAUGUCCCUCCAAGGAAAAACUGCCAUAAAUCAGCGCCCACUUCACCCACGGCUACAAACAUCUCCUCCAAAACCAUUCCUGUUAAGUCACCUAACUUGUCUGAAAUAAAAUUUAAUAGUUACAACAAUGCUGGGAUGCCACCUUUUCCCAUCAUCAUCCACGACGAGCCAUCCUAUGCCCGGAGUUCCAAAAAUGCCAUUAAAGUGCCCAUUGUUAUUAAUCCAAAUGCGUAUGACAAUCUCGCGAUCUACAAAAGUUUUCUGGGAACAAGUGGUGAACUCUCUGUGAAGGAAAAAACCACAAGCGUAAUAAGCCAUACUUACGAAGAAAUCGAAACUGAGAGCAAAGUGUCUGACAGCACCCCCAGCAAACUCGCAGACGGCCCCCCGGCUAAAGGGUUUUCCAGCAGUGCAGAACGCAAACGAGGCUCAGUAGCGCAGAAGGUUCAGGAGUUUAACAAUUGUCUCAACAGAGGUCAGUCUUCUCCACAAAGAAGCUACAGUUCCACCCACAGCUCCCCAGCAAAAAUCCAGAGACCCACUCAAGAGCCUGUGGGCAAAACAGAAAGUGCACAAGGGUCUCAGGUACCGGGCAGCAGUGGCAGCACCAGGGAGAAAGCAAGUGCCGUCCUAUGUCAGAUUGUGGCAUCUAUCCAACCCCCCCAGACUCCUCCAGAAGCACCUCAAUCUAGCCCUAAGGCUUGCAGUGUGGACGAGCUUUAUGCCAUUCCUCCAGAUGCAGAUACUACAAAAAAUAUUCCUAAAAACACACCAGUCAGACCCAAAUCUCUCUUCACAUCUCAGUCUAGUGGCGAAGGUGAGGCCCAUCAGACCACAGAAAGCCCUACUACCAAAACUCAGAAAGAUCCAUCCACAAAGCCAGUGACUUCUCCUCCCUCCAAAUUAGUGACCAGCGCCCAGAGUGAGCCACCGCCUCCCUUUCCCCCACCACGGUCUACUUCCUCCCCUUACCAUGCAAGUAACCUGUUGCAGAGGCAUUUUACCAAUUGGACAAAGCCAACCAGUCCCACCAGAUCGACAGAAGCUGAAUCAAUUUUGCACUCUGAAGGCAGCAGACGAGCAGCUGAUGCAAAACCUAAACGUUGGAUAUCAUUUAAAAGCUUCUUCCGCCGCCGGAAAACUGAUGAGGAAGAAGAGAAGGAGAAAGAGCGAGAGAAAGGGAAGUUGGUGGGCCUGGACGGAACAGUCAUCCACAUGCUGCCGCCCCCUCCAGUCCAGCGCCAUCACUGGUUCACAGAGGCAAAAGGAGAGUCCAGUGAGAAGCCUGCUAUCGUCUUCAUGUACAGGUGUGACCCUGACCAAGGCCACCUCAGUGUGGAUCAAAGCAAGGCUGGGGCAGACAAUGGAAGGACAGAGGACGUGUUGCUGCGGAACUUAGAAGAGAAGAAAAAUAGCCAUCCUCCAUCUCAGAUUCCUGACAAAGCUUGCAGUCGCGUGACCCAUGAAGUGGCAGAGGAACUUUCUCCUCGGGAUCCAAGAACUCCUGCUGUGAAGCAAGAUGGCACUUCAGUCACACCGACAUUGCCUCCACCUGACCUGGAAAGGGAAGAAGAAAAAGAUGCCACUUCAGAUCCUACAGACGUGAGUCCGUGCAGCGCAACAUACAGCAACUUAGGACAAUCUAGAGCAGCCAUGAUACCUCCCAAGCACCCACGGCAUCCCAAGGGAGCGCUGGAUGAUGCCAUUGCCUUUGGAGAGAAGACAGACCAAGAAGUAUUGAAUGCUUCCCAACCCACACCACCCCCACUGCCAAAGAAAAUGAUACGAGCCAACACAGAGCCAAUCCCCAAAGACCUUCAGAAAUCCAUGGAAAGCAGUCUCUGUGUCGUGGCUAAUCCCACCUAUGAUAUUGAUCCCAACUGGGAUGCCAGCAGUGCUGGAUCUUCUGUCAGCUAUGAACUCAAGGGACUGGAUGUUGAGUCUUAUGAAUCCUUGGAGAGACCUUUGCACAAGGAGAGACCUGUUCCUUCCACAGCAAACAGUAUCUCCAGCUUAGCCACUCUCAGUAUUAAGGACAGAUUUUCCAACAGUAUGGAGUCACUCUCUAGCCGACGUGGUCUCUCCUGUAGACAGGCUCGAAGCAUCCAGAAGCCACAGAGACAAGCACUUUAUCGAGGACUUGACAGUCGGGAAGAAGUGGUGGGUAAACUCCGAAGCCUUCAUACAGAUGCCUUGAAAAGACUGGCAGUUAAAUGUGAAGACCUCUUCAUGGCUGGGCAGAAAGACCAACUCCGCUUCGGAGUGGACAGCUGGUCAGACUUCAGGCUAACCAGCGACAAACCGUGCUGCGAAGCUGGAGAUGCGGUUUACUACACUGCCUCAUAUGCAAAAGAUCCACUCAGUAACUAUGCAGUCAAGAUCUGCAAGAGCAAAGCGAAGGAGUCGCAGCAGUAUUACCAUAGCCUGGCUGUCCGGCAGAGUCUGCCUGUGCAUUUUAACAUCCAACAGGAUUGUGGCCAUUUCCUUGCUGAAGUCCCUAAUCGUCUGCUUCCCUGGGAGGAUCCCGAUGCUCCUGAAAAGGCAGAGGAUGGCAAUGAAGACAGUGAGGAAGAGGUGAAGGCAGAAACUUCAGGGGGAAAUCCUGAGCCCUGCUCUGAGUCAGAGUCAUCCCAGAAAGAGAACCAACAAGUCACAAACAGGAAGCAAAGAAGCCAUGUCGUGGUCAUCACCAGGGAGGUUCCCCAUCUCACUGUGGCCGACUUCGUGCGAGACUCUUUGGCACAUCAUGGGAAAAGCCCCGACUUGUAUGAGAGGCAAGUGUGUCUGCUGCUCUUACAGCUGUGCUCUGGUCUUGAGCACCUCAAGCCCUACCAUGUCACUCACUGCGAUCUUCGCCUAGAGAACUUGCUGCUUGUCCAGCACCAACCUGGGGGAGCCGCCCAGGGCCCUUCACCUGCAGACCCCUGCCCCACCUCAGCUUGUCCCACAAGACUCAUUGUGAGUAACUUUUCUCAGGCCAAGCAGAAGAGCCAUCUGGUGGACCCUCAGAUCCUCCGAGACCAGUCUCGCCUUGCCCCAGAGAUCAUCACGGCCACCCAGUAUAAAAAGUGUGAUGAAUUCCAGACAGGCAUCCUCAUCUAUGAGAUGCUGCACCUGCCCAACCCUUUUGAUGAGAACCCAGAGCUGAAGGAGAAGGAGUACACGCGCACAGACCUGCCUCGGAUCCCUCUCCGCUCCCCGUACUCUUGGGGCCUGCAGCAACUUGCCAGCUGUCUCCUGAACCCCAACCCUUCUGAGCGCAUCCUCAUUUCUGACGCCAAAGGCAUCCUCCAGUGUCUGCUCUGGGGCCCCCGAGAAGAUCUCUUCCAAAUCUUCACCACCUCGGCAAACCUAGUACAGAAGAACGCUCUCCUCCAAAACUGGCUGGACAUCAAGCGAACACUGCUGAUGAUCAAGUUUGCCGAGAAGUCCCUGGACAGAGAGGGGGGCAUCAGCCUUGAAGAUUGGCUUUGUGCUCAGUAUCUGGCCUUUGCCACCACAGACUCCCUGAGCUACAUUGUAAAAAUCCUGCAGUACCGUUAAUGUGGCCUGGGUGUUGCUUUUAUUGUUAAAUAUCGCCACCUUCUUCAUGUUGUCCUCAUUCCCUGUCCUGGUACUCACUCAGAAUUCAAGGAAAGAAAAGAAGCCAACUGCCACCCUUGUCCAGGAAUAUAGGGCUUCAUUCAGCAAGGUCAUCAAUGGCUUUCCACAGAGUGAGCGGCUGAGUGUCUCUACUGUACAGGAAUUCAACUGUGCAAACAUGCAGUCGCCUUCCCUUGGAACAUUUGUCAUCCCAAUUGGCUCACAAAUGUGGGGUAAAAAAUGAAAAUGCACGUCCGUGAAGGACCAGCUCCUGUGGAAUGAUCUCAGCAAGCUGCAUCCGCCUCUUCCAGAACUCUGAAGCUCGCCUGUGCUAACUAGCUAGCAGUACACAUGUCACCAAGCUCAGCUGUCACCCAGUAAUGCUCUCGCAGCAGAUUCCUCUUCCUCAGUGACUGCUUCUUUCCCGAGAGGACAUGCCAUUAUCCUUCUCGGCUGAGUUUCAGUCACUGGGGACUAGCUUCUGUUUCGCCAUACCAUGAAAGGAGGAGAGAGAUUCCCAGCCGUUAGAUCAUGGGUCCGUUUCCAUUUUUGUUCUUAGCAAAGGUUGGACACUGCAUAGACAACCCCACUGCCACUGCUUGGCUGUCCUUCACCUUCACCCUGUCCCACCUGCUGAAGUUGGAGUUUAUUAUCCACUUCUUGUGGCCCAGUACAAAGCUGACCAGAGGUGGUGUCACCGAUGCCUCAGCAGGAUGGAGUACAGUCCACAGAUUAUGAAUAGUGGGCAGGAUAUGAAGAAAUAAUGUCCUUAUGUGCAAUUCUCCAGGGGCCCUCAGGGAACAGACUUUCAAGUACUGUUCUUUGAUUACUGUCAGACCUAUCAGCAUGGUAGCCAGGGCUGGUGGUGCCUGAGUCAGAGUUUCUUCCCCCGAAAGCAGUCAUUGGCCAGCUUCCUUCCAUCAGUAGCUGGUUCUAACUAGUCUGCCAAAUGCUGUCGGCAACAGCCCUGAAUGAAAUGGUUGUCAAUUUAGCAUUACCGUCACCUUAGAAAGCAACUGGAAGCCGGCUAUUGGAAGGCAAGGGGAACGGGAAAGGCCACAAAAAUGGCUGACCUGAUCCUUGGAGUGCCAGCCUCUUCCAGAAAGACUGCCUCCCAGAGUGAGUGGCAUGUCGCUCCUAAGACUGCAGUGGGCCUGGAGCUCAGCUCACAGGAAGGCUGAUGGCUGCAGUGGAUGACUGAGAGUUGUUCCCCAUGAAGCCUGUGCUCUCCCGUGAAUUAUGUGCAAUUUUUGUAUGUAUUUUUAAGCUGUAUAUUACAGUGUUUAUGUUGCAACUUUACCUGAGUGAGAACUGCAGAAACCUUCUUGUCUUCCCUUGGCACAUACUUGCGCUGAGAGUCAAGUAUCCUUUCCACCUGUGUGCGUGUAUGAACGCUCAUACACUUGUUUUAUUCAAAA